UAGGCUCGAAGAGUGAUAGCUCUGCAAUAGAAAAAAAUACCUCUUCUAUAGAUAGGUUCAAAGAACCACAGUGUGCACAAACUUUGUUUAAUAUAUCUAGAAGAAAAGCAGAUCUUGAAAAAUUAAUGAAAGAUACUAAAAGAUUAGCUCCUAUAUGCCCGUCUUUGCCUCA